AUGAUAUUAAUUAAUUACACAUUUUGGGCUUUUUGUAUUAUCUUCAUUAUAAGCAUAAAUAUUUCUCGAGCGGCUGAACCUCGAAUUAUAGGAGGAUACAAAUGCAGUGAAAAAUCCAAUGUUAACACCAAGUUUAUGAUAGCUUUAAUCAAAUGUUCGGGCUUUCAUGUUUGCGGAGGAAGUCUUCUCAGUCCCAAGUGGGUGCUAUCCGCUGCACAUUGUUAUCAAGAGAGUAAAAAGUUAUAUGCCUGUAAUGCGGUAACAAGAGAUAAAUGCGUUGGAAAAGAUGGUUAUUUGCCUUUGUCGUGUCCAGUACAUUUAAUACUAGAUUUUUACAUGCAUCCAUAUUAUGUCUCCUCCCCCAAAGACAAUGACAUAGGAUUGCUACGUUUAAAUUCACCCAUGUACGAAAAUAAAAACAUUCAGUUUGUAAAACUUCCCAGUAGAACUAUUGACGGGGAUGUGUCAAAUGUAUGUGAGGAUACCACAAUCCUAGGAUGGGGCAGAGUAAAUGCCAAUAUACGAGGGUGUUCUCAAAGGUUAAUGUGCGUAAAUUUGAAAAUAAUGUCAACUACAGAUUGUCUAAAGGAAUAUCCAACAAUGAAAAAAAAUUUCAUUUGUACUGAACCAUCUUUAGAAAAAGAUUCUGCUGCUGGAGAUUCCGGAGGACCUCUGAUGUGCAAUGAUAUUCAAUACGGUAUUACGUCAUUUGGCCGUAAUGUUUCGGGAUAUUAUACAAGAGUCGAUAAAUAUCUACAUUUUAUUCGUUACAGUAUGAAAAAUAGUGGACUUAAGAUAUUUCGUUUAAAUUUUUUUAAAUAUGUAUUAAGUUUGUUGCUUUUUUAUUAUAAUUUAAUAUAUUGA